UGCCAUUUAGUAUUGAGUGGUAUAUCAAAGGAGUCAUGGACAGAGGAAAGUGAGCAAGCCUUGGAUAAAUUCAUCUCAGACUCUUCUGUCAGGCUUCUCAUUGUCUACCAUGACCCUUUCACCAGCCUAUGCAUGGACUACACCAUACCAGCUCAGUGGUGAUGAUCCACUGGACAUGUCAAAUAAAAUCAGUGUUGAGCCCUCAAUCUGUGAGCGAUGUAGGAGACACCUCGGGGCCCCUGGAGGAGAUCUCUUUCCGGAAGAGCCGCUGUGGUGAUCUGGACAGCAUUAGUAAGCAGCUGCAGAAACCUGGAGUCUUUCAAAUACAGGCGAUUCUGCAACUCUACCCAUCAACCUACAUCCCACUCUUCUGUAAACUAGCCAAGCAGAUCCAGGACAGUGCUUUGCAGGCUCAGUCAGACGUCUCCUUCCCGUCCCUCUUGAAAGAGUCAUGUGAAGAGCUUGCUCAGCUUAAACCUCUUGAGAUUGCACCCAAACUUGCUCACAUCCUUGAUCUCAUCCGUGUGAUAUGGGUCAACUCCAGCUACUACAACAGCUGUGACAGCAUCACGUCUCUAUUAUGCAAGGAAAUUUCUCUGGACAGGAUCUUCCAGUGUUACGUGAUCUCCAGCAAGCAGAUUCUGAAUGACUGUAUCCAGUGCUGCCUGGCUUGGACAGAGCUCUAUCUGCACACCUCCCAGCUCCACCACAAAUACUCUGUGGUCGCUUGACCUGAUUAACAUAUUUGCUCUGGUGAAUUCCUUUGAGCAGAAAUGCAAAGAUCUAAUAGAGCUCCUCAUACGAUUGCCACUUUCCAUGACUAGGGCAGAAAACAGGGAUUGAAACGCCUCACUUUCAACAAAUGGUAUGUGACUGUCAGCAGCAGUUUGCUUGCUGGGAAGGGGGUGAGUGAGUGCCGUUGCUAUGCUUUGCAGGACAUCAGGGGACAGAGGUCACUCAGAGACAGCUGAAUUUAGAGGAAACCUUUGACAACAGCUUGCAGGUCCUGCGCUAUUAAGGACAUCCUGGAUGUCAGAAAUCCCUCUUGGCAUGAGGACUACAGCAGGUGCAGUGUUUGUAAAUUGAUCAGGGCACAGAGAAAGAGGUUCUGUGAGUAACUGGCUUUGAUUGUUAUAAGAGAUACAAUCUGUCCAUAUGUCCAACAUGAUGUCUACACUGGAAGUGACUAGUGUUGUAUUUGCUGGAAGCUGUGCAUCCCCUCUGAAUGUUCACUUACCAGAGACCAGUCAGUUAGGUUAGAGUUCAUUUGAGAUUAAAUAGAAAAAGCAUUCCAUAAAUAAAUGCCUACUUAAUUUUUAACAAAUGAGCCAUUUGUGUAAAAAAAUCUGCAUGAGCAAUUUUAGAAUAGCACAUAACUUAAUAUGUAAAUAAAAUACCAAUGUAAUACAUUAUCAUUCAAAAGUUUGAAAGAAGUCUCUUAUGCUCACCAAGGCUGCAUUUAUUUGAUUAAAAAUACAGUGAAAAACGGUCCACUGAAGGAGAGUUGUGAUGAAACCCAAGUGCAGUUUAUUUAUAUCAAAAAGUGAACAGACUAGACCAUACUUGGCUUGACAAAGAAACAUAAAAUGAACCUGAACAUAAACUAUGAGACUCACCAACAGCAGUUACAGAAAACAAAGCUAGAUAAAAGACAAUUGUAACACGAGAGCUAAAUAUACAAAUACACUAAUCACUAAUAAGAGACACCUGGAACAAUCAAGACUAAGACCCAAUGAGAACAUAGGACACAUGACUAAAACAGCCAAUCACAACAUGACACAGCUGUGUUCGACUUCAUGUUGCGUUGCACAGAUCGAUCAGCAACAGUUGCUGUUUGCAGUCAGGGUGGAAUUGAAAGCAGGGAUGUGAAGUCGGACACUUUCUGCUUCCCGUAGUGACGUUCUCGCCGUGUUUGCAUACUUUUGGCCAUGUUCACACCGCAGCAGGAUAUGGUUGUCAGUCCUGUAUUUGAGUCCUUAAUACGGUUACGUUCAAACACAGUAUUGCUAUUUACGGGCGUGACAAAUGCAUUCUGUAACCAAACUCACACCUUUAAAUUUUCAGGACUCACAACCGCAUUCUCAGAAAACCCGCGCUGUGUGAAUGGAACUGGACUGGACAACUGGCUGUCUGUCAUGCCACACAGUGUGAGAGAGAGACGCUCUGCUGCACAAACAUGUGUCUACCGUGUGUUGCGUGUUUUCAUGUCUGAUUUCUCUAAAGUGAUGUCUCUAAAGAAGCUGUAGUGGCUGAGUCAGCCGACUGCUCUUGAAUCGCUCUUGCAGUAAUUUGAUGCCAUACGUCAUAGUCACAUGGCAUCGGAUCUGUCUCAAGUCAGACAAAAUUUCUAACCGGCAUGCACUGCUUCAAUUCAAACACCGAUCGGUCUGUGCAGCACCGCAUGAAGUCGAACACACCUAUUGACUAAGAGUGCACAUGACAAACCAGGAAACAUAACCAUGACUAAACUACAAAUUAAAAGACAUGAAAACUUAAAUAAGAAACAAAAACUAAAAACAUAAAAUUGUGAC